AGCGGAGCCAGAGCCGCGCGGUGAUUGGAGGACCCGGGCCUGGCGGAAGCGGGGCAGGCCGGGAGGUGACCUGGACCAUGGCGGCCGCACCGCCGCUGCGGGAUCGCCUGAGCUUCCUGCACCGACUCCCGAUUCUCCUGAAGGGCACCUCGGAUGAUGAUGUCCCGUGUCCAGGCUAUCUGUUUGAAGAGAUUGCUAAAAUCUCCCACGAGUCACUGGGCAGCAGCCAGUGCCUGCUGGAAUACCUCCUGAACCGCCUGGACAGCAGCUCUGGCCACGUGAAGCUCAAGGUGCUGAAGAUCUUGCUCUACUUGUGCGACCACGGCUCCUCCUCCUUCCUGCUGAUCCUCAAACGUAACUCUGCCCUCAUCCAAGAAGCCACAGUUUUUGCAGGGCCCCCGGAUCCUCUCCAUGGGAACAGCUUGUACCAGAAGGUGCGGGCAGCUGCCCAGGACCUGGGCAGCACCUUGUUCUCUGAUGCCCUGUUGCCACUGCCUCCCUCCCAGCCACGCCGGGCCUUGGCUCCAGCAGGCAUGGGCUCCCAGUCCAGGCCUCAGGGCACCCUCCAGGGUUUCGGCUACAGCAAGGAGCAAGCCCAGGCAGGCUCUGCCAGUGAGGCCCUCCUCUCCACCAUCCAGAGGGCUGCAGAGGUGGUGGCUAAUGCCGUGCGCUCCGGAGCCCAGAAUCCCCCACCAUGGGGGGACACCUACCAGCCCGCCGUGACUCCUGCAGUCAGCCAUGGCCUGCCCACCCUCGGGAACCAGCUCCCCGGAGCCAUCCCCAGUGUCCGAGCCACCCGACACCAGCCCGGGCAGGCCGGAGGGGGCUGGCACGAGCUGGACAGCAGCCCCAGCUCCCAGAACUCCUCCCAGGACAGCGACCUGAGCAGGGCCUCAGACUUGGGCAGUCGGUCUGGUAGUGACAGCCACUCAGGGGCCAGCCGGGAGCCAGGCGACCUGGCAGAAAGGGUGGAGGCCGAGGCCCCGAGUGACUGCCAACAGGAGCUGAGCCUGGUGAGGACCUUGGUACAGGGGCCACGCACUUUCCUGAGCCGCGAGGAGGCCCAGCACUUCAUCAAACAGUGCGGGCUGCUCAACUGUGAGGCCACACUGCAGCUGCUCCUCCACCACCUGGGCGGGGCCGGCGAGCGGGAGCAGAUGAGGGCCCUGAGCGCCAUCGCCUCACUCAGCUGUGCCGACCUCCUUCCCCUGGAGCACGUCCUCCUCCUCUCCCAGGCGCGCUUGCAAGAGCUCAGCAGGGGCAGCCCUGGACCUGUGACCAGCAAGGCCACCAAGAUCCUGAGGCACUUGGAGGCCUCCUGUGGACAGCGGCCUCCUGCUCCCAGGCCCUGCACCCAGCCUGGCCCUGCAGCCACCCUUGCAGCCCCAUCUGACCUGCUGACUGGCCCAUUGCCUCCCUCUGGGGGCCAGGCCUUCCUCCAGCCACUGAGCUCCACCCCAGCCUUGCCCAGGAGCCGUAUACCCUCCCCACUCCUGGACUCCUGUCCCCUCCCAGUCCCUGGGGACGCCAGUGAGGCUGAAACUUCUCCAGCAGGAUCCAGAGAGCAGGAUGCGGGCACCCCAGAAAGAGGGCCCAGCAGGUGUCCGUGGAGUCGUGGCUCCUUGUUUGCUGGCAUGGAGCUGGUGGCUUGCCCCCGCCUGGGUGGGACCAGGGCUGCUUCAGAGGAGCCCCACCCAGCCCAGCCUCCCCAGGCAUGGGCCCAGAAGGCAGCAGCUACAGAGCCUCUGGGUUCUGAGCCCUCAGCUUUCCCGUUCUUAAAUGCGUGACCAGGUGGACGGCAUACAGUUUCCUUGUUGUCUGCUGGAAGUUUCCUCGCCCCACUUUGGCCUCUCACUCUCACCUACUGAGGCCUUGGUGUGGUCAGCCCUGAGCCAGGGAGCCCCAGUGGGCCAAAAGGCAGGAGGACUGCCCCUGGUGGAGACUGCAUGGCACCUUGACGUGCCACAGACCAGCCAAGACUGGAUGUAGGUACUGAAGAGCUGCUUGAUCUGGUGCCCCCAGAAGACCUCUGUGACACCCACCCUCCAGGGCCAGUCCCCCACACCUGGAGGACAGGACCCACACCUGGCUUCUCAAGGGUCUGGGUGACUGGGGGCCACCUGUUGUAUGGGAGUUUGGGGCCAUUGCGUUGCAGACUAAUGCUUCCCAAAGGCUACUGGCCAGUCUCCAGUCAACCUGACCAGAGGAGAACCCAGGGCUAUCUCAGUCCUGUCCAUCUACUCUCAUCUCCUUGGCUAGAUGCUGGCUACUUGGACUUGAAUUCUUGUAGCAGCAGACAGGGCUUCAGGUGCUGGCCUUGGGGUCCAGGAGUAGCCUCACCUUCAGAGUUGAGGCUUCUGGGAUGGACUUGGGAACAAUAGCUUGGUCCUUACUUUGUUUUGGUCCUGACCUCAGAUCCUUCCUUCUCGGAAAGGCCACAGUGGACAGAACCCACCGCCUUGUGGGGCAGGGUGCAGAUGAGGCUGGUUUGGUGCACAUGGGUUCAGCAGGUCUGGUUCCUGUGUGCCCUGCUCCAGGCUCGGGCUGCUCCCUUGGCCUUCCUCCUACAGACCACAGGGAAGAGGUCCAUCCCACAAAGGCCUGUAAGAGUGCUGGGGUUUACACUCUGAAUAAACACUACUGUUUA